GCGCAGCACACGCAAGAUUCUCAGCCAGGUCGCUCCGAGAGCCGUCAUGGCUGUGAUCUCUGGUGAAUUAUGGUUAGCCGGGUCGUUCGACAAGCGAGUCUCUGGGUCUAAUUGCGGCCGAUCUGGGAGUGAGUUUGUGGAAGCAGAGUUGUUGUCGUCAGUUCGAAAGCUUCGUUCAGGAACGAUAUAACGCUGACCAAUGGCCUUCAGGCUUGGUUCGGGAAGGGUUUCCCGAGCAAUUGGAAGAGGCAGCUGUGCGAGGAUCUCCACAGGGCCAAAGAUAAUGUCUCCAGCACAUCAAGGGGGUAAUCCUGUGCCGUGGAUCCGAAGGUUUAGCGCGACUAUGAUGUCUCUCCAGUAGUUAUUAGUUCUGAGGAGCUUCUGCUCACUUGCUGCGCAGGUCCAACGCCCACGAAGCCACGAGAUGCGGUAAAGGUGCCGAAAGAGGCUGACUUGAGCGCCGGUGAGUAGUUUCUUAUGCUACAUCGUGUUCUGCAGAGCUCUUUCCCUCUAACCAACAUGUUAUUUCCCGUCGUUUUGACUGGGCAGUUCUGGAUAAGAAUAUGGGCACUCUAUUGAUGACUGAAUUGUUCCGUGGCAUGGGUAUGACGCUCAAAUAUUUUUUCGAAAAGAAGGUCACGAUUAAUUAUCCUUUUGAAAGGAGCCCCUUGAGCGCUCGCUUCAGGGGUGAACAUGCUUUGAGGCGUUAUGAGACCGGGGAGGAGAGGUGCAUUGCGUGCAAGCUGUGUGAGGCGGUGUGCCCUGCACAAGCCAUAACUAUCGAAGCAGAACCUCGUGAGGAUGGUAGCCGCCGUACUACUAGGUAUGACAUAGACAUGACGAAGUGCAUCUACUGUGGUCUGUGCCAAGAAGCAUGCCCUGUGGAUGCUAUUGUUGAAGGGCCUAAUCUGGAAUUCGCCACUGAAACACAUGAGGAGUUGCUGUAUGACAAGGAAAGGCUACUUGAGAAUGGUGACCGCUGGGAGUCAGAGCUGGCAUACAACAUUCGCGCCGAGUCACUGUACAGAUAGGAGAUUGUCCUGGGAGGCCAUAACUAUCUGACAACGUCACUCUUCGUUUAACCAGGGUGAAGAAAAUGCUCUUUUAAAGGGAUGCUGCAGACCAAUGAGAUGAGAACAUGGUACCAUUGUGCAGAAAGUUCGUGCCAUGAUGAGACUUACUCUGUA